AUGGACAGUGGAGAUGAGUUUUUCUUCCACCACUUCAUUUGUUCAUCGGACGAUUCGUCGUCGGAUGAUGAAGAUCUUGUGGUGGCUGCACUGGUCGUUCACGACCACAUUCAACGGCAGCUUCCUCGGUACAGGGGGUCACUCCCUGGCCGUGCUCCCAACUUGAACCACAACAAGGAGAGAGGCCACACCCUGCUCUAUGCCGAUUACUUUGCCAACACCGCGCUCUUCAAGCCGGAUAAAUUCCGUUGCCAUUUUCGAAUGGCAAGACAUGUGUUCAAUUGUAUCCGAGAGGGAGUGGUUGCUCAUGACCCAUACUUCGAGUGCAAGACGGAUGCCCUUGGCAAGCUUGGAUUCUCCUCUUACCAGAAAUGCACCGCGGCCAUCCGCAUGCUUGCAUAUGGAAUUUCAGGCGAUCUGGUGGAUGAGUAUGUGCGUAUGAGUGAGACAACAUGUCUGAUGUCAAUGUACAAGUUCUGCCAGGCUGUGAUCGAGGUGUUUGGCCUGGAGUACUUGAGGAAGCCAACUGCCGCUGAUACAGAGAGAUUGUUGGUGACCAACGCAACUGGAGGCUUUCCAGGUUCUCACAAUGAGAUCAACGUGCUGCAGCGUCCUCCAGUCUUCGCAAGGCUUGCAGAAGGCCACUCCCCACCUGUCAACUUUGAGAUCAACGGCCACCAGUACAACAAGGGAUACUAUCUAGCUGAUGGUAUAUAUCCCCAGUGGUCAAGUUUUGUGAAGACAAUCUCGAAACCCCAAGGUGAGAAGAGAAAGAGAUUUGCCCAAAUGCAAGAUAGUGCUAGAAAGGAUGUGGAACGUGCUUUUGGUGUGCUUCAAUCCCGGUGGGGUAUCGUUCGAAGCCCUGCACUGUCAUGGGAUGAAACGAAGCUUUGGGAGGUGAUGACUGCUUGUGUGAUCAUGCACAACAUGAUCGUCAAGGACGAGCGUGAUGAGAGUAUCUUCGACCAAGGAUUUGAUUAUCAAGGUGAAAAUGUCGAGCCCCUGCACCAAGAACCGGCCACAUUUGAACAGUUUGUCCAAUUCCACCGUGAGCUGCGUGAUUGGCACACUCAUUUGGAUCUUCAAAAUGACUUGGUUGAGCACGUGUGGGAUCACAUUGGCAACCAAUAG